AUGGUUAGAGGUGGAAAGCUCACCAAAUUUAAAUUACAUCUGAAAAAACUUUUGCAGUUUUUCAACCAUGGAAGGACUCCUAAGCUUAGCUCAAUUGUGGCUGCCACCAAUAACUCUAAAGAUGAUUCCAUCGCCAACUCCAUUGCUAUUAGAGCAGGCUUGCAUCCUGUCUAUGUCAGUCAGUCUCGUUGCCGAUAUCUUCUCCCAUCUGAAGUCACUGAGAACCCACUUUUCAAGGAGCUUGUGGACCGUUUCUCAAAUGACUGCAACCAGUGCAUUACAAUUGGAUGUGGGGUUGUAUUUUUCGAUCAUUUCCUUUGGAUGCUCGAGAAUGUUGAUCCUUUGACGGAGCCUUUGGAUGAUAUAGUGGACCUUUAUGCAUUAUUUUAA